AUGGCCGAAGUACAAUCACCGCCCGCGCAGACAGCGCCAGCGCCCACAAACAACGAACCCUCCCUCGAACCCUCGACAUCGACCUCCACCGAACUCGCGCCUAUGACGACCGAACAAAUCAUCAUCACCACCAAUGCCGAAGGCAAGAAAGUCAAGAAGAUAAUUCGCCGCAAGCGCCGCCCUGCACGCCCCCAGGUCGACGCAGCAACAUUCAAAACAGACGCGCCGCCGCCCACCGGCACAAUCUUCAACAUCUGGUACAACAAAUGGUCCGGCGGCGACCGCGAAGACAAAUACCUCUCCAAGACCGCUGCACAGGGGCGCUGCAACAUUGCCAAAGACAGCGGUUACACAAAAGCCGACAAAACACCAGGAGCCUACUUCUGCCUCUUCUUCGCGCGGGGCAUCUGCCCCAAGGGCGUCGACUGCGAAUACCUGCACCGCCUGCCGACCGUCACCGACAUGUUCCCGAGCAACAUCGACUGUUUCGGGCGCGACAAGCACUCAGACUACCGGGACGACAUGGGCGGCGUGGGAAGUUUCCAGCGGCAGAACCGCACGCUGUACAUUGGACGAAUCCACGUCACCGACGACAUCGAGGAGAUUGUCGCGCGCCACAUGCAGGAAUGGGGCCAGGUGGAGCGCACGCGCGUGCUGACAGCGCGCGGCGUCGCUUUCGUCACGUACAUGAACGAGGCCAACUCGCAGUUUGCAAAGGAAGCAAUGGCGCACCAGAGCCUCGACCACGGCGAAAUCCUAAACGUCCGCUGGGCCACCGUCGACCCCAACCCGGCCGCUGCCAAGAGAGAGGCCCACAGAAUUGAAGAGCAGGCCGCCGAAGCCAUCCGCAAGGCGCUGCCCGCAGCCUACGUUGCCGAGAUAGAGGGCCGGGAUCCAGAGCAGAAGAAGCGGCGGAAAGUCGAGGGCAGCUUCGGGUUACAAGGCUACGAGGCACCAGACGACGUGUGGUACGCCAAGGAAAAGGGCGACUGGGAACAAGCACGCGAGAUUGAGUCGGGCGGGCUGGAGAACAGGAAGAUGAUCGAGGCGGGCGGGCAAGACGAAGACACAGAAUAUGGCGCGCUUAUGGCGCCACAGCAGAUCACACAAGCUGGAGGGAACGGGAUACUGUCCGGCUCAACACUUGCGGCCCUGAAGGGAUACACAGCGACUGCGUCAAACAAGCGACCAGCACCGUCAGGCCCUCUGCUGGCUGGGUACGGCAGUGAUGAUGACAGCGAUUAG